AUACAAGCAUCAUUUGGGAACCCUAUUAAAUCUCAAUCCCCGGGUGCAAAAUUGGGUUCUGAUUGCAUUUUCCCAAUAUUGGGGUGGCUAUUUUGGUCAUGUAUACAAAAUCUUCUGGUCAUCAUCCGGCAGCUGCUGCCCUCGUGUUCUUAUUUCUUCUCAGUUAUCCGAUCACGUGUCACACAAUCAACGAAUCCCACAAGAGCCACAAUCAUAAAGAGUCAAAUUUGUUCCAGUUCCCCAAUCCUCCUCCUCCAUUUAAUUAAUCCAGAUAACACAAUAAUGCCAAAAAGUCUUUUGGGUUUUUAUCUCACAAAAUGUAUAUAAUCCUCACAAAUUCCUCAAAAAUAUCAAUUCAUUCCUGAGCUCCACAAAAACCCCAUUUCACCCCAUAUCAUGACUUCCUCAUCUUUGUACCCUUCAUCAAUUCUUAAUAUUCCCAUCUCCAGAACCAAUUCUUUGAUCACCCCUCCUCAUAAAAUCUCAUUUUUGGACAACCCUUUAUCCGGAAUCAAUUCCCAGCGGAGGAAAUGUUCACGGCCAAUUAGAUCCUCCUCGGAUUCCACCACAACUGUCGAGGCAGAGAUAUCUUCGAAUUCAGUAUCAGAAGAUGGUGUUUAUGAUGAAGAAGCAGUGAAAGCACAAGCUAAGAUUGGAGCUAAAGUUCGAGUGAAAGUGCCAUUGAAAGUUUAUCAUGUUCCAAAAGUUCCUGAGUUUGAGUUAAACGGGCAAGUUGGGAUUUUGAAGCAGUAUGUCGGUGUGCACAAAGGAAAGAAGAUCUCUGCUAAUUUGCCCUAUAAGGUGGAAUUCGUGGUAGAUAAUAUUGAGGGGCGAAGUGGGCCGGUCAAGUUCCUUGCUCAUUUAAGGGAGGAUGAGUUUGAGUAUCUUGACUGAUUGAAUUUGAUUAUUUUUUUGCUUUCUAAUUUAUGUUUAUGUUGAGUAUGAUGCUGCCACUUGAAUAUGUGAACUAAUUUUUGUCCAGCCCCAUUUCUUUUGUACAAGUGCUUUUUGUUUACUGCUGUAGAUAGUUUACUCUCCAGCAAUUUAGUUUGUAUUACUAUUGUGAAGUUAUACUACAUUGGCUCCUUGACUACAAUAUGAAUACAUUCAACCCAAUAAUUGGGCGGUUCUUUAGGCCUUGAAGCCUGAAUGUGUACUUUGUACUGCACGGCUUCUGUUCAAUAUUAGUCUGCACUUGGAAAACUUGUGAUCAAUUGUGACUUUGUUAUAUACGUUUUAAGUUUCAUAAAUAUCUUCUUUGCAUCAUUGCGAUUGGACAUUGGUCAUUAUUAUCUAGGAUCAAGCUCAACUUGCUCUAGGUUAAAGUUGUUGUUAUUGACCUGGUUUAUAUAUACAUACUGCUAAGGUUUAGUGGCCUUCGCUGACUAGCCAAGAUGGUUUAAAGAACUCAUUUAACUUAUGCAUUCUUUGUGGAGAAUAGUUUCACAUUUGUUGUGGUGCUUCAAGUUGUUCUGAGCUAUUAUCUUAUUGGGUGAGUCAAGAGUAGAAAGACGUGGUUGCUUGUUUAGAAGAGGGAAUACCUGCAGAAGAUCUACAGAUUUUCUACUGCAGGAGAUUUGGUAUGAUUUUUUGGAGCUGUCUGUCUGUGACGAGAUUGUUAGGGUGGCAGUUGUCUGUGAUUGUUAGGCUAGAGUCAAAUACUUAGAAGCAUUUACUCUCUGAAAACAGAGCUUUAGAAGUAACGGAGACCUACAGUAAAACAUGUCUGACAACCUUUAUUUCUGAAUCGUUCUGUAUGCCGAUCUUCUAGAAACGGAUAGCUAGCAUAGUCUAGUUUCUGCGAGGCACUCUAUCAUAGCUUUCUCUCUUAAUGAUCCUGUGUUGGAGUCAGUCUUCAUAGUAUUGGCUAGUUUUUGGUCACUGGUGUAUUUGCUUCAAUGUUUUAAAGGAUUGGCUGUUUGUCAUUGCAGUUCCGUUUUCCUGAUAACUAUUGUCUUUUUCAUUCUCUUGAUCACUGUGUUUGAUAUAUAGUGUCAAAAUCCUUUCCCUUUUUACCAAAUGCUGAAAUUUAGCCUACAAAAUAUAGACCAUAAAGGUUGUUACUAGUACCAGUGAACUGUGCAUGUCGAAUUAGCUAGUUAAAUCAGUUCCUGUUAUGAAAUUAACUUACUUACGAGUUAAAAUACUUUUAGAUAGUGAUCUUCUCGCAGAUUAUUACACUAAGCCAGUAAAAGGUAAAAAAAAGUAGGUAAAAUCCAGCUUCUAUUUCUAUCAAGUCGUAAAAAGGAGGUGGUUUUAUUUUGAUUCAGCAACUGUCCUGUUUUUGUAUCUCUGUAGUUAACUGUUCAUCAUCAUCACGAAUGGUAUGUGAUGCGAUGCAAGGUGUGCUCUGGAUCAGGUAUAAUCGGACUAAGAGCUCAUUCUUGCAUGUUUUGUGUCAUUAUCCAAGCACUGCAUCUCAAAAUGUGUGACUCCUUUGCACCCUGACAUCAUGAAUAAUGAACAUGACUCUGGCUAAUGAUUCUUCUCUCUCUCUCUAAAACUCGGAUUAUCACGAUAAAAUAACUUGUAGCCUGUGUCAUAACUUGUAGAAAUUUUUGAAGGUCUAAUUUCUUCCAUAAGGGACACAGGAAGAAGAAGCCUCGAGUAAUCAAAACCUAAGAGUACGCGCAAAAGCUACGUUCAACUUGUUAUGAGUUGCAGUUUUGACAUUGAUGAAAGGCUUGAAUUCAUGAUUAAGUGCCAGAAUUUUAACGUCUGCUAGAUAUAGGAAAUUUUUGUACCAUGCAUUGCUGAUUCAUAGUGAAGUUUUCGACUUAUAUUUGGUGCUGAGUGGGAGUUGUCAAGUUGACCUUUCUUGUCCUGCUUUUGGCUCUGUUGUAAUUGCAGUCAGAUGUGGUUUUCCAUUUUUAGAAAGUCAGACUUCUCUUCAACUGUAAACAGUGUGCUGUGUAACGUGUCUCUUACGGAAGAUCUGGGAGAAGACAGAUCGUUUCUUAUGAAUCUGGAAGAGGAGCAUAAGAAUGGUCUUAGCUAGCUCUGUUUUGUUUAUGCUGAUCUGUUUCCAUUUUGUGUUGGCUGGUCGACAAUUAAAACCUACAUCGUUUUCUUAGCUAGUUUGAUCACAGCUGUGUUACUGUUAAUAUCAAUAGAAGCUUGCUGUAGUUGGAAUGCUUCAGUGGUGAAACUUUUAAGUUCUUACUUGAGGUGCUGAUCAAAGAUAUAGAGUCAAAUUGAGUUUGCUUCUGGUCUGCAUCUGUCACUGUGCUUCAAAAUUGGCGAAGUGAUGCAGUUUCUUUCUCAGUGGCGGAGCAACUUCCACUAUGGGAUAUCACUGUUACGUUCUUCUCAGGUGAUACAAUCGCAUUUGGUCUUUCCCUUGCUUGAAUUUCAAUAUUUCUUCCUUUGGUAAAAAGAAAAAGACCCGGGGCAUUUUCUGCCAGCUUAAUUUUCGCAUGGUUGUUUCUCUCAAUUAUGUGUCUGGUUUAUGAAUUUCUUUUUUUUUUUUGUUGUUGAGCAUGGUUUAUGAAGUAAAAAUGGAGGAAAUAUAGAGUAGAGUACGUUAACCGUUAGGAAGUUCGUCUGACCACUUCACCUUUUGAUUUGUCUGUGUAUUUCUAAAGUCGACAGCAUAAUUUAGCAUCAUACAGAAUAGCCUUCAUCUGAAAUAGCUGCUGCAAUUUUGAUUGAAUCUAGUUGAAGACCCUUUGUCAAAGGGGGUAAAAAGAAUCCUUUGAUUUAUAACUGC